UGCGUAUUACGUUCCGGAAAGAGCAUUUACUCCAUUUACAACGCAUGUGGGCUGAAAUUGCCGUUAUUAUUUGAGCUUGAGAAAAGACACUGACAUUUGUUGAAGUCAAAAUACGAGCUAUAAAACACCAUGGUUGACAAUUGUAAACUGUACGUAGGAAAUAUUUGUUUUAGCUCGUCAGAAGCCAAUUUGCGUGAUUAUUUCGGACGAUACGGAACUGUUCUCGAUGUUAACAUUGUUUUGGAUCGCGAAAACGGUCGUUCAAGGGGGUUCGCAUUCGUCACAUUUACAGAUGAAGAUGACGCCGGCAAGGCAGCUGGCGAUAUGCACAGUCUGGAUGGGCGUGAUCUCAGAGUAUCAAUAGCCCAAUCUAAGAGAAGCGGUGGUGGUAGCGGCGGCGGAAGAGGAGGUUAUGGAGGCGGCGGUGGCGGCCGACAGGAUUAUCAGCAACGCGAUCAACGCGAUCAGCAACCCGAUUAUCCGCAAUAUAACUACGGUGGUGGUGGAGACAGCUAUGAUGGAUACGGAAGUGGUCGCGGUGGCGGUGGCAGAGGCUAUGGCAGAAGCGGUGGCAGUAACUACGGGGGAGGAAGCGACUACAAUAGGCCACGUUAUGGUGGAAGAUAUAGCUACGGAGAUGGAGGCAACUGCUGAAGUGGUGGUGGUGGUGGCGGCGUCUGGUAGGUGAAUACAACACGUGUUUUAUGGUUGUACUCGCUCACAUCUGACUUGAUAACCAGCAUCGUUCCAUAUCAGUAAUAUACUCGUACAAUGUAUAUUCAGAUAAUGGAGCUACAGACAAGAAGAUAUUGACUAAUACUGGCUUCGGUAACCAGUGUUACGGUUACCACUUAACAUUUCAUUUCUUGUAUAUUGGAUCUACAAAGAGGAACUUUGACUAUCGUUACACAGUUACAUCAGACUAAAGCUUAAAGUUUUUGACAUGAAAUUCCAUUUAAAAUAGUAAUCAUUAAUAAAAAGGUUGUACAAUAAG